AUGAGGGCAACUAGCGACUUUAAUGCGUCGUUGCGUCAAUCUCGGAGUCCGAGUAGUACGACACCACGUGCAACUCGAGGCCAUCCGUAUCAAGGGAUGAGUAUCAAUGUGUCUUCGGCUGCCAGUUCACCUUCUAGUAGUGCACGUUCCUCGCCACGUAAUACCUCUUCUCCGAGUAAUACGCGUCGACAGCAACACUACAGUUCACCAGGUGGAUAUCUGCAACGGACAGCGAUUUCCAAUGCCUACAACUCUGGAGGUUCCCGAAGUGAAGAUGCCGAGACGUCGUCAACAACUUCGGAAGGAUUUGUCGAAAGACCGUCGUCUCCAGCUCAUAGUACACACAGCAUCUCGAGUAGUUCGAGUCGAUACAGUGAACGUGGCAGUAAUUUCAAGGUGGUCAUUCGUGUACGACCACCGUUGCCACGUGAACUUCAUGGGGAUCGACCGUUCCAGAACGUCAUCAAUGUGGAUCAACACGGUCACGUGUUGACUGUAUCAGAGAACCUCAGUGCAUUGAGUAAUAGUGGGAAUUCUGAUAACGAGUCUAGUACCCCAGGAGCAUACGGUAGUCACGUGUUCUCGUUCGAUCAUGUGUACGACCAACAAUGUACGCAGAGCACUGUGUACGAGAACACAGCCAAGGCUGUAGUGGAGUCCUCCCUCGAAGGAUACAACGCUACUAUCUUCGCUUACGGACAGACAGGAACGGGUAAGACGUAUACAAUGGAAGGGUUCAAUAGUGGCUCUGGUAGUGUCGAGGAGCGAGGGAUUAUCCCUCGAGCGAUCGAGCAGAUUUUCUGCCACAUCCAAGCAAAUGUGUCCGCACGAUGUCGCUUCCUUGUACGUGCAUCAUAUUUGCAAAUAUACAACGAAUCCAUCUCAGAUCUAUUGAAACCGGAACGAUCCAACUUGACGAUCCGAGAAGACCGUCGUCGUGGCGUGUUUGUUGAGGGGUUAUCGGAAUGGGUAGUACGAUCACCGGAAGAAAUCUACGGUCUGAUGGAACGUGGUGGGGCCAUGCGUGCUACUGGUAGUACAAAGAUGAACGAGCUGUCUUCUCGUAGUCACGCUGUGUUUAUCAUUAUCGCCGAGCAAAGUAAGACAACGUAUGUGGAUUCCAAAGGUAACGACGUAGCACCGGAAGAGUUCAUGACGUUGGUUAACGCCUACCAAGCACGUCACGGUACCACUCCUACGAACGGGAAAGCAUCCAACGGUGCCAAUGGGAACGCAGCAGCGUUGCACCCGAAGCUUGAAGCCAUGGUACGACAGAGUUUUAAGGUUGGGAAGCUGAAUCUCGUCGACCUUGCAGGCUCAGAGCGUGUGCGAUUGUCCGGUGCUACGGGUCAACGACUAGAGGAGAGUAAGAAGAUUAACCAGUCUCUUUCAGCACUUGGAAACGUCAUCUCAGCUCUCACCGAUGCACGUGGACGUCAGCAUAUCCCGUACCGUGAUAGUAAACUCACUCGUAUCCUUGAGGACUCGUUAGGUGGCAACUGUAAGACCACGAUGAUGGCUAUGGUCUCUCCUGCAUUGGAAGCCAUGACCGAGUCGCUGUCGACGCUGAAGUUCGCUAACCGUGCUAAACACAUCAAGAAUGAGGCUCGAGUUAACGAAGAUUUAGAUCAAAAGUCAUUGCUGCGAAAAUAUGAACGAGAACUGAAGCGACUUCGGGCGGAACUGGAGGAACGCUCUCGAAAUGUUGUGGAUAAACGUCGAUUGUUAGAGCUGGAUGAACAACGACGACGUGCAGAAGAAGACAAGAUGGCGGCGAUUCGAGCGCUGGAGGAACGUUCUCGUGAGUUUAUGAGGGAGAAAGAAGAGAAGAAACGUCUUGAACAGCGGAUUUCUGCACUGACUUCUCAAAUGAUGAUGAGUAAUCAGAGACGACUAACACCUUCCGGAUUGAGUUGCGACGGAGAGACGCUUAACGUUGAGGAUCCGUUGAUACGAGAUGCUAUUAAAGAGCAUCAAGAUCGGAUCCGACAAGAAUAUGAAUGUCGUCUUGCUGAUCUGGAGAAGGAACGAGAGACCAUUGAAGAAGAGAAAGCACAAGUGGAUCGAUACAAGCAAUUACUGCUCAAGCAACGUGACAUCAUGAUCGCUCUCACUCAAAGACUCAAUGAACGUGACGAGCAGAUCACUGCGUUGCAGGACGAACUGGACGCUUAUGAUCGUCACCAGAAGGAGCUUGAAGAGAAGCUUGAUGAGAAGACAGCACAUCUCAUUCACUUGCAACGUGUAGCUAUGGAACACAACGCUAGUUCGCCUGGUAAAACUGAUGCUGAGUUGCUUAAGGCGUUGGGAGAUUGGGGUGGAGGUGCAACACAAGCGAAGACGACACCAAUGGCUACAUCUGCAGCUUCUAAACCUCCUACUGAGCUGCUCAUUACACACAAACAAUUCCGACCUCAUCCGGUUGAUCCCGUGAUCAUUAACGAUAACAAUUACAGUAACAACGCUGGACAUUCUCUGCUAUCUGCCGAGGAGAAAAUCCAAGAACUACGUGGGUUAGUUGAUGCUCAAACGGUGGAGCAUCAACGGAUGGCGAAAGAAUUAGAAGAUGUCAAAGCUGAAAAGGUUUCAGUUGAGUUCCAGAUGCGUGAGAAGCUCGAAAAGCUUGUCCAAGUGGAGCUCGAAGCGCGUUCCAAGGACCUCAAUCGCUCGGAUAGUAGAAAUAAGCAACAGCUCGUAAACUUGCAAAGACAAUUAGAAAAAUUGAUGCUGGAGAAUCAACAGCUACAGUCUCGAGCAGCUACUGACGAGCAGACGCAACUACAAGCACGUUGUGAGACGUUAGUGAAGGAGAGACGCGCAGUGCAGACCAUCAUGGAGCACAAGAUCAAGACGCUUGUUACAGCUAUCGGUGAAGCUUCGGAUGCCACGCUUCAGACCGCAGGAGGAGCUGAUAAACUCGGAGAGCCCGCAAAAUGGCUGGCGCGAGAGAUCAACGCUCUUCAAAGACUUGUCAACGCUUCAAUCGUUGCUUUACGUAAUGCUGACGCUGGCAACGGAAAGCCUACAAAGGAGUCUGUUAGUAGCCAACCUACGCCUACGAAUGCACCUACUGGCAUCAGUAGUAAUCGCGACAAACCUGAUACCUCGAGAGCGAUGGCUACGUCGGUAUCGGGUGCUAAUUUGUCAGUAGAUGAACUCAUAGAGCAAAGGAGAGCGCAACUCCAACAGCAACGCGAACGAUACCCCAGUAACUAG